UCACUCACCAGCUGUCUCACUGACUCAGACAGAGAAACAGACAAACAGACAGACCGACAGGCCCGUCCUUGUCUGUUGGUCUGCCUGUCUUCUGUCUGCCUGUCUGCCUGUGGGCCUAUCUAUCUGUCUGUCUGUCUGUCCGUCUGUCCGUCUGUGUUUGUGUAAAGGUCAUAUGUACGCACCGUGAUUGGAAGCUGGGCAUGAGGAUCUGAAUAGGCACUUCGGCAACGGCCUCGGGUGCCACCGCCUUCAGAUCGCUGAAGCUGGUGGUCCCUGGGAACUGCUGGAGCAGGACAAAGGCUCCGUUCAGUCGAUUAUCCUUGUCGAACCGCAGGUUGGCGUCCCAGAAGGUGUCGAAGCUGUUACGCCAGAGCUCCAGCUUGAUGGCCGCCCGGUUCGUGUCCAU